CCCCAGACCAAGAGGCUGCAUGGCAAUCAGAGCAGUAUCAGACUGUCGGGGCCAAUCGCAGUGGUUCGCUGCAUACAAUCAGCCGGUCUCCUAAUCGUGCGUGGGAGGCACUCAAGAUUUGCUGCAUCGGCUGACAGCCGCAAAACGGGUGGUCUAUAAGUACGCACAUCUGGCGCGAUUGAACCCGUUGAAUGCUAAAUCGCUUUCCAUCCGUGGCUGUCCAGCUGGAACUCGAACGGUCACGGGCCACUGGACUUGAGCGCGAAAAAAAAAGAAAGAAAGGAAAACACGAAAACGAAAACAAACCAACGGCACGUGCGAUUCCCAUGCUGGGCUUUGACAGCCGACAGCAAGUGGACGCCCCGUUCGUGCCUCGGUCGGAUGUCGUGCUCGACGGUGCUGGUGCAUCGACUUCAGGCGUGGCUCGUCGGUUCGGGCCUCAACAUCGAUGGAGGCGGUUGCAGUUUGGCGGUUUUUGCGAGUGGUCAUGCUCGACGCCCACAGGCCAGCGUCACACGUCUCGGCGCGCUGCCUUGUGUCCUGCCAGCGUAGACAUGGAUUUCGACCGUACUUCAGGCCAAGACAAAAGCCGUCCCCAUUGCGGGCAAGCGCUCCGCCCCCCCCCCCCCCUCUCCCCAUACACGGAUCCCGAGCUGGUGCGUUUGACCCUCUUCUUACCUUAUCGCCUCUGCCGACGUUCUGAUGUUCUGAUGUCUACUCAUUCAGACUUGACUCAUGUGCGGUGAAAUUUCUCGAUAUCGGCAGCGUUCAUCGCUCGCCUC